GCAUAGGCCAGAGCAACUUCAAUAAAGUGAAGGAUUUCCUCUUCCGGAUUGUUUCCUAUUUCCCCAAGAUUGGACCUGAAGGGACACAGGUUGCUGUUGCUCAGUACAACGAGGAGCCCAGGGCAGUUUUUCACUUCAACCAACACCGCGACCGCAACGGCGCCCUCGGAGCCAUCAAAGGGCUGAGCUACACCGGAGGCAACACCAAAACAGGCCAUGCCAUAUCCUACAUGUUAAAGGAAUUAUUCCAGCCCUCCAGAGGGAUGAGACCGGGCUUUCCUCACAUCCUGGUGCUUGUGACCGAUGGACAAUCCCAGGACGACGUGCUGCCCCCAGCCAGAGCGGCCCAUGCUUUGGGGCUCCGUGUCAUUGCUGUGGGGGUGUCAGGAGCUGACCCCGUGGAGCUCCACAGGAUUUUGCUGCAGCAGAACCCCCAGAAUGUUUUCUAUGUCAGCACCUUCGAUGACUUCCCCCAAAUCCUCCAAGAGCUGAUAGAAGCCAUUUGUUCUGAUCCUCAGCUUCCAGGAACCCAAAUCCCACUGGGAAAGAGCUCCAGGGGCUCAGCAGCUCACAGGGGUUAUGAGCCCCACAGCUUCACUACGAAGGGAGAGAAAGGGGAGCGGGGUCUCCCUGGGAAAGACGGCAUUCCUGGGCUGCCGGGCAGGCCGGGCCGGCCAGGUCCUCCAGGUCCCCCUGGAAUCAUGGGGCUCCCUGGCAGCCAAGGCGACAUCGGAUCUCCAGGCUAUCCAGGACCAGCGGGGCCAAAAGGAGACAGAGGAGAGCCAGGCUAUGUCCUGGGAGGAGUGGAGGUGAUUCCUGGCCGGAAUGGGCAGCCUGGCCCCGCUGGACAGAAGGGGCAGCCAGGAGUUCCUGGGGUUCCAGGACCACCAGGUUCUCCAGGGCCACCAGGAAUCUCCAUCAAGGGUGAACCAGGGAAUUCAGGAAUUAGGGGUCCCCGUGGGAGGAGUGGCCUCAAAGGAGACAGAGGAGACACAGGAGAGCCGGGAAAACCUGGUGUGCCAGGCCCUGUGGGGCUCCAUGGGGCUCCUGGACUGCCUGGACCACGGGGAGAAAAGGGAAUGGCGGGAAUUGGCAUUCCUGGCACUGCUGGCAUGAAGGGGGAGGAAGGAGAGCAGGGAAUGAUGGGACCUCCAGGAGCACCAGGACCAAAGGGAAUUCCAGGACCUCCAGGGCAGAAGGGAGACCAAGGAAAUCCAGGAUUUCCAGGUGCUCCAGCCUUGGAGGUUUUGGGACCUCCAGGCAAGAAAGGUGUCAAGGGAGAUCCCGGACCAGCUGGAGCGCGAGGAGACAAAGGAGUCCCAGGAGAGAAAGGGGAGAAGGGAAGUCCAGGAUUUGGAAUUCCUGGCCAGCCUGGGCUGAAGGGGGACAUCGGUGACAGGGGAAAUGUGGGAUUGUCUGGGAAGCCAGGCCAGAAGGGGGAGAGAGGUGAACCAGGAUUCCCUGGAAAACCAGGAGAGGCCGGGCUGAGAGGAAAAGAUGGAGAAGCUGGAGUCCCUGGAGAGCCAGGAGUGAGAGGAAUCAGGGGUCCUCCUGGACUCCCAGGACGACCUGGAGAGCAAGGAAUGAAAGGAGAUCCAGGAGAACCUGGAAAGGAUGGAGAUCCUGGGAAGGACGGCCUGAGAGGUGAAAGAGGCCCCCAAGGUCCAAAGGGAGAACCAGGCCCGCCAGGAAAAGGAGUGGAAAUGAAGGACCUGGAGAAGCUUUUUGAGGCCUACGGGAUCAAGCUGGCGCUGCUGAGGGACCUCUCCAACGCGAUCCUGCGGGAUGGGCUGGAUGAGCUCCUCUGGCACCGGGGUGGCUCCAGGAUGAGCAAAACUUCCAGGGAAAACCAGGCAGCCAUGCCUGUCACCGAUCCACUGGUGUCCGACACUUCCCACCGUGUCCCGGCCGGCACCGAGGUGACAGGAGAAGGACAGAGCCUGGAGCUGGAGGCUCUGGAGGUGCCGCUGUCCGGAGGAUUCCCUGAGGGCUUGGCUGUGCCCCCACCACAUCCAGGAGAUCUGCAGGAAAACCAUUCCCUGGAUUUCCUCCAGCCCUUGGAGGAGAGGCUGGAAGGAGAAUCCCAGCAGGACACCAGCCAGGAAAAUGGGAAUUCCAACAACAGCUCCAUGAUCCCAAGGCACAGAUCCAGGAGAUCUCCCAGGCAUGAGGGACACCCCACAAGAAUCCCAUUCCAAAGCCAUCCCUGUGAUCCAGGAGGAAGCAGUGCCCCUUCCCUGGAGGCUCCAUCACCAGCUCAUCCCCCCGGUGCUCCGGGAGCUCGGAAAUUCCUGCUGGGAUCCACGGCAUAUCCAGGCCCUCAUCGUCCAAGGAGAACUAAGAAGGAGGGAAGUGGCCCAGCAGAUCCCUCUUCCCGUGGCCCAAAGGGAGAAAUGGGAGCUCCUGGAGCCCGUGGAGACAAAGGAGAAAAGGGACAACCUGGGGAUGUGGGGGAGCCUGGAGAGAAGGGCACCAAAGGAGACCGAGGGGACGAAGGCCAAAAGGGAGAGCCAGGAAUUGGGUUCAGAGGUCCGGUUGGCCAGGCUGGGCCACCUGGAUUUAAGGGCGAGCCAGGGGCCCCGGGACCUCCAGGAGCUCAGGGCAUCCAAGGAAUUCGUGGCAAUGCCGGCACUCCCGGAUCCCAGGGGGACAGAGGGGCUCCAGGUGUGCCCGGAAUUCCAGGACAGAAGGGGGAACGUGGGAGGAGAGGCCGGAGUGGAUUUCCAGGGCCCGUGGGGCCAUCAGGAUCCCCAGGAAAAGAGGGAAUUCCUGGGACCCCUGGAGCAAAAGGCAAUAAGGGAGAAGCCGGCAUUGGAGCCGCUGGCCCGAGAGGUCCCCGUGGAUUCCCUGGCCCUCGGGGCGACGAGGGCAUCGUGGGAAUGCGGGGUCCUCCUGGAAUGAUGGGUCCAAAAGGCUUCCCGGGUGUGAAGGGCCAAAGAGGUGAUCGGGGACUUCUGGGACCAAAGGGAGAACGAGGUGAGUCCAUAACUAUUUUUGGACCCCAGGGCUACAAAGGCACCAAAGGAGAUCCCGGUGAGCAGGGACUGCCAGGUUUUGAUGGAGACAAAGGCGAGAAGGGAGAGGACGGACCCGUAGGAGAAAAGGGAAUCAAAGGAGAAGCUGGAGCCAAGGGAAUGAUGGGACUUUUUGGGAGCAGAGGACCUGUGGGACAGAAGGGGGAGCCAGGAGAACCGAGCUCACCGGGAUCUUCCGGUGCGGCAGGACUGGAUGGGAAGAACGGGAUCAAGGGAGCCAAAGGAGACAGAGGCCUUCAGGGACAGAAGGGGAAGCCGGGAGGGAAAGGUGACCCUGGGACCACCGGUGACACCGGGCAGAAAGGGACAAAGGGCUUGAGAGGGCUUCCAGGCCGGAUCGGCACUCCCGGAGCCAAAGGUGCCAAGGGAGAAAUCGGCAGUCCUGGAAAACCGGGAAUUCCAGGAUUGGAUGGACAACGUGGACCAAAGGGCGAACCAGGAGCCUCAGGGAACGAUGGCACCUCGGGAAUUCCUGGGGAGAAAGGAGAAAAGGGGGCCAAGGGAGUUCCUGGACUGGGAGGAUUCAAAGGACAAACGGGAUGGCCUGGGAAGCCUGGAGGGGCCGGAGCAGCUGGACCUCGAGGGCCGCAGGGCGAGCCAGGCCCACAGGGCCCACCAGGGAAAAGAGGGAGAUCCCAGCUCUGCCUCCAGGGGCCCCCGGGCGUGGAUGGGCUGAAAGGAGAAGCGGGGGAAAAUGGUCCGGCCGGGCAGAAAGGAGCCAAGGGAGAUCCGGGCCUUUCCGAGGAAGAGGUGAAGGAAGUGCUCAGGAGUGAAAUAAGAGGGAUUUGUGGUUGUGGAGGUGAGUUGGGAAGGAUGUCCAUGGAAAAGGUGCAGAAAAUGUUGGAUCACCAACAGCUUUUGGAUCCUGGUUGGAGGGGGAUGGGUCUUCCUGAAUCUGAGGGAUCAGAGGGACACCUGGAAGUCUCCUGUUUUCACCCUCCCCUCCAGGACAUGAUCAAAUCCCUUCCUGACUCCCAGAUUUUAAAGCUGAACCCGCAGAAAUCCCAAUCCCUGCCCACAAAAUUCCGGGAUCGCUCCACCAUCCCAAACCAUCCCCAGGAUGAGCUCCAGGACUCUUGGAAUCCUCAAAUCCAAUGGUCCACGGAGCCUGGAGAGCUGAUCUGUCCACCCCAGAGCAUCGGAUUCAUCCUCAGUGACCCUCAAUCCACAGGUCUGGAUGCAGCUGAAGUCCACAGGCAGCUCCAAGAGUAUUCCCAGCCUCGGGAAUACGCCAGCAAUGGUGGAAAUUGGGAAGAAAAGCUUGGCACAACUCCCAGACAGACCACGUUGGAGACUGCGGUGAAGCCCUUCGUGGAGCCACCUCCACUCCUUGCAGCCCGGGCGCAGCAGACAACGGGAAACUCGCAGCCAGAAGGCGACAGCCAAUUACCAGCCCCGUGCCUGCAGCCCAUGGAUGAGGGCUCCUGCCACCGCCAUUCCCUGCUCUGGUAUUUCCACGGCCCCACAAACUCCUGCCGGCCCUUCCUGUUCGGGGGCUGCCGAGGGAACAGCAACCGCUUCCCAUCCCGGCGGGAAUGCGAGCGGCGCUGCCGGAGCUCCGCAGGCAGAGGGAAAUGAGCGGCUCCAAGUGCUUCAUUUAAAUCCAGCGGGAUUGGGAGGAGCGAAUCCGACGCCUCUGGUAGGGACGGGAAAAGCAAACAUGAAGAUGUUGGGAAAAAAAGAUGUCGGAAAACUGGAAUGACGGAUAUUAUGGGAUGAGGAGAGGAGAAACCUCAGGAAAAGGAGGUUGGGAAGGGCAGAAUUCCUGAGCCAAUCCAGGUGGCACAAAUUCCCGAGUUUUAUUUUUGUAAAAUAAAAGCGUCUCGGUGCCAUGGAAUUCUGGGUCGUUCGUCUGAAAGGAGGAAAACUUGGGAAUGGCAGAGAAAGGUGGGAAUAUCUAUUUUUCCAAAUUCCCUGGGGCCUUCAGGAAUUCCCUGGAGCCUUUAG